AUGGACCCAUCAUCAACGGGACAACGGUGGGAGGAGAACAAACCCGAGACCAACAGGGCAGAGGAGCAGUGGGAAUUGGGGAGGGGACAGCCUUGCUCUGACCACCCUCUGAAGGGCUCUUGUUUCUUCCCCCAGAAAGGAAGCGGUUUUACCAGAACGUUAGCAUCUCUCAAGGAGAAGGAUUUCUACUCUGAUUCUCCAGGAGGUUUUGAAAUAAACCUGGACCACCGGAAGCUGAAAACGCCCCAGGCCAAGCUCUUCACUGUCCCCAGCGAGGCCUUGGCCAUUGCAGUGGCGACAGAGUGGGACUCCCAGAAAGACACUAUCAAGUUCUACACCAUGCACCUGACCACGUUGUGCAACACAGCUUUGGACAACCCCACUCAGCGAAACAAAGUCCAGCUGAUCUGUGCGGCUGUGAAGUUCCUGGAGACUGACACUAUCUGCUAUCGCGUGGAGGAGCCAGCUGCCUUGGCGGAGCUGCAGAAGAAUGAAUGGGAUCCCAUCAUUGCCUGGGCUGAGGACAGGUACAACGUGGCAAUUGGCUCCUCUACCAGCAUCACGGGGCCGAACAUCCCCACCAGCACCAAGGACACCUUCAUCAGCCACCUGGCCUCUUACAACAUGUGGGCCCUGCAAGGUAUAGAAUAUAUAAUCACCCAGCUGAAAUCUCUGAUUCUGUCCAUGGGCCUGAUUGACAGGCACAUUACAGUAGAAAAAGCUGUACUUCUAUCUCGCCUGGAGGAAGAAUACCAGAUCCAGCGGUGGGGCAGUGUGGAGUGGGCGCACAACUACGACCUGUGCGAGCUGCGUGCUCGUGCAGCCGCUGGGACUCUCUUUGUUCACCUCUGCUCGGAGAGCUCAACUGUAAAACACAAGCUGUUGCAGGAUUGAGCCUGUCAGGCUGCUAAACUGGGCACAGGAGCUAAAAUGCCCAGCUGUGAUGGGCUGGCACACCCCAGAGGAUGGUAGCCACCGUCCUGCCACCACAAAUUCCCUGGGACCAGUCACGAGAGGCUGAGACUUUGUGGCGAUUCCUCAUUUGGACUGGCUCCUGCAGUGCGACACCAGCAGUUUGGAGCCCCACGAGGAGGAAGGAAAGGUCAGGGUGAA